UGUUUAUAUUAAUUUGUGGUGAAAACACGUGAGAAACCAGCCAACAACAAUAGCAUCGUUCGUAUCUCAACUCGAAGAACACCAUUGUUGGGGUUGAGUUCCUCUCAUUCACUCUCACCCUGCCGUUACUUGAUUAACCCGACAAGGUCAAGGCGGGAAAGUUGUAAAGUAGAUGCAAUCUCUUCUCUAGUGAGAAGAAAGGAGUCGUUAGUUGAUUGCUUUUACCAUCUGGCGAUAUUAACUGAAAGAUGCGGUGCUGUUAGUUUAUUAUUCACAUGUCUUUGAUAAGUUUCUGCCUAUAAUAGGAUGAUGAAUGGAGAGGGAGAAGGGGGUAGUGAAACUCUUCCUGAAGCCGUGUGCUUGAAUGAUGAUAAACUUGAUGGCAAGGGGUUAACCUGUAAAGUUUCAAACCAGCAACUUUUGGAUAGAAAUAACGAUGUAUCACCAGUUUCAUCACGUUACUCAUCAUGUGGAGAAUCAGAGUUUGAUAGAUACUGUAGUGCUAACUCUGCAAUGGGUACACCUAGUUUGUGUGGCUCUGUUGGUACAUUUCAGGACUUCACUGAUUCUGAUUUCGGAUCUAUCAGAAGUCCCAGAGUUGGGGAUGUAGGUAGUCUGGAGAGUUUCAGUUUGGGUGGGAAGUUUGAAAGAAAAUUUGAGAGUAAGAGUUCUUUAGCUUUGGGCAAAUUAGGCAAUUAUGGUCAGAGAAGCGAGUCACAUGAUGUAAUUACAGGUUCAAAGGAGAGAAACAAUGGAAAUUUGGAACAAAGGUUGAUGACAAUGGAAAAUGAAAUGCAUUUAUAUGAUGAAAUGGAUGAUCUACCAGAUGAAGGAGGUGUCCAAAUGUGGAAAGACAACAUUAGCUCCAAAAGAAUGCCAAGUACUUCUACUGAUAAAUCUUUAAGUGCAGAAACAACAGAGGAACACAUGGAAAAUGUAGGGGUGGAAGAAGGUUCUGAGUCUUUUAUGGGUGUUGAUCAGGUCAACAAUGUAUUUGAAGGUGGAAGGCACUUGGAUGAAUGUUCUGAAGGGGAAAUCUCGUCUCAUUUAGAACACUCAGAAUCUGAAGGUUCUAUGUAUGGAUAUGGUUCAGAUAAUGAGGAACAAGCUGGUGGGUUGCCUCCUAGAGGUUAUGUCCAUUAUUCACCCGAGAAGAAAAGUAAUAGUGAUGAUACAUUGUUUAUGACAUCAUCAAUAGCAUAUGGUGCAGAUGAUUGGAAUGAUUUCACUCAAGAAACCAUGGAAACCCCUCAAGAUUUAUUUGUCAUAGAUGAAAUUCAAGGACACAACCAAAAUGGAAUUCAAAGUGAAGGACACACCUCAAAAUCCACUUACACACAGAAACAAGAAUAUGUGAAAGACCUUCAUGUGGACAAUCAGAUUGAUGUUUCCUGUGACUCACCAACAUAUUCCAUGACUCAUUCUAUGAGCCAUAUUGAUCUCCUGAAGCAUGAGGAAGAUACAUUAGCCAUUGGUAAACAAGCAGAAGACAUCAAUCAGUUCAAGAUGGAAGAGGUUACUCGAGUGGAGAAGGUCCCUUUGAUGGAUGUGUUGCAUACGAAGCCUGAAGUUACAAAAUCAAGUGAAACAACACACGAUCUUACAUUUGGUGAUGUUUCCUUGAGUUUGACACAAGAUGUUGAAGAUCAUGUAGCUGAAACACCCAAAGACCAUAAGCCUUAUUCACUGCCAUCAUUGCCAACUAUUAAUGUGGAGAAAAGACAAAAUGUUACUCCAGCUCCUUUAGAUGUUCCUGAAGAUCUUGAAAUGGCAAGUAAGGUAGAAAGCUAUGAGCUGAAUGAAUUCUAUGAUGAAGUUGUCUACGAAAUGGAAGAGAUCCUACUCGAUUCCGGCGAGUCUCCCGCAGCCAGAUUCAACCGUGGUCGGAAUCAUCAUUCCCAUUCCAAUGUUUCUCUCCCUUCAAGAGACGGUAGCUCAACCGCUUCAACUUCAACUCUCAACAACUCUCCCUCUUUUCUCCAAAAUCCUUACAAAAUCGAUGGAAUCCAAGUAAUCGGCGCAAGCCAAAAAAAGGGUGACGUGUCACUCGGUGAAAGAUUAGUCGGAGUGAAGGAAUACACAGUCUACAAAUUACGCGUAUUUAGCGGGCCCCACCAAUGGGAAGUCGAACGAAGAUACCGUGAUUUUUUCACUCUUUAUCGCCGAUUAAAAACAUCAUUUUCCAACAAAGGAUGGGAACUCCCUUCUCCUUGGUCAACCGUUGACCGGGAAUCAAGAAAAUACUUUGGGAACGUCUCGCCAGGUGUCGUGUCAGAAAGAAGCGUUCUCAUUCAAGAAUGCUUACAGUCUAUUUUGAACUCCAAGUUUUCAUCAAGUCUUCCUACUUCCAUAAUAUGGUUUCUAUCCCCACCAAACAACAGUCCAAUUUCACCUGUUUCUCAUUCACAAAAUUUGGGGCAAUCGAUAUCACUUAUUGUUGAAAUCAGGCCUCAUAAAUCGAUGAGACAGAUGUUGGAAGCACAACACUAUACAUGUGCAGGAUGCCAUAAACACUUUGAUGAUGGAAAAACUAGAUUAUGGGAAUUUGUACAGACACUUGGGUGGGGGAAGCCUCGUGUUUGUGAAUAUAGUGGACAGGUGUUUUGUUCGAAUUGUCAUUUAAAUGAAACUGCUAUUUUACCUGCGAGAGUUUUGCAUUGGUGGGAUUUUACAGAGUAUCCGGUGUCCCAGCUGGCUAAAUCAUAUCUUGAUUCUACACAUGACAAGCCAAUGCUUUGUGUGAGUGCUGUGAAUCCGUUUUUGUUCUCGAAAGUUCCACCUCUACAACAUGUUAUAAAUGUGAGAAAAAGAAUCGGGCGAAUGUUGCCAUAUGUUCGUUGCCCAUUUCGUAUGUCAAUAUACAAAGGAGUUGGAUCCAGGAGAUAUAUUCUUGAAAGCAGUGACUUUUUUGCUCUCAAAGAUCUUGUUGAUCUUUCCAAAGGGAUAUUUUCAGCAUUACCAGUGAUGGUGGAAACUAUAUCCAAGAAAAUAGUGGAUCAUAUUACGGAUGAGUGUUUGAUAUGUUAUGAUGUGGGUGUCCCUUGUGGUGCUCGACAAGCAUGUGAUGAUCCAUCUUCUCUCAUUUUCCCUUUUCAGGAAGGUGAGGUUGAGAGGUGUAAAUCUUGUGAAUUGGUUUAUCACAAGGCUUGCUUUAAGAAGAUGGAUACUUGUCCAUGUGGUGUACAUCUUGGAGCAAGGUCCAUAAGGAGCACAAAUGACGUUUCUGCCCCUCCAAACAACUUGGUGCAACAAGGUACGGAAUCAAAGUCUUCAAUUGGAUUCUUGUCAGGGCUGUUAUCCAAGGCCAGUUCUUCAAAAUUUUGGGGACAUAAAGAGAAUGAUACUGUAAUACCUAUGGGUUCUUUACCCAGCUCUUCCCGCUGAUUGAUUUCUUUGUGAAAUUUUUGUUUACUUCUUUCUUUUUACCAAAUAUUUUGAUUCACUGAUUGAACUUUUAUUAUUUGGGAAACUCUUGUUAUACUUAUUAUACCCCUUAUUUUUUAUUGUAAGGAUUGGCUUGUAUAUGGUUGGAAAUGAGUGAAAAGUCUUUUUUUGUC